AGAAUGUCCUUUGAGAAGCAAGAAACGUUGAUUAAACUGGUUAUCUUGUCUAUUGCAGUCGUUCUAUCGUUUGCCACUAGGCUGUUUUCAGUCUUACGAUUCGAGAGUGUUAUUCACGAAUUUGAUCCGUACUUUAACUAUCGUACAACUCGUUUCUUGGCUGAAGAAGGGUUCUACAGCUUUCACAACUGGUUUGAUGAUCGUGCAUGGUAUCCUUUAGGACGUAUCAUCGGUGGAACCAUCUAUCCCGGAUUAAUGGUUACUUCUGCCUUCAUCUAUCAUGUUCUGAACUGGUUCCAUAUAACGAUAGAAAUACGAAAUGUUUGCGUAUUUUUCGCUCCCCUCUUCUCUUCAUGUACAACAUUGGUUACUUACGGCCUGACCAAGGAAUUAAAGGACUCAAAGGCUGGCCUUGUAGCUGCUGCUAUGAUUGCAAUUGUACCUGGAUACAUAUCUCGUUCUGUUGCUGGCUCAUACGAUAACGAAGGUAUCGCUAUCUUCUGUAUGUUAUUUACUUACUACAUGUGGAUUAAAGCCGUCAAGACUGGCUCCGUUUAUUGGGCAGCAAUGUGUUCUUUGGGCUACUUUUACAUGGUUUCCUCAUGGGGUGGCUACGUUUUCUUAAUCAACUUAAUCCCAAUUCACGUUUUUGUCUUGAUGGUGACUGGACGAUUUUCGCAUCGAAUUUACAUCGCAUACUCUACCAUGUAUUGCCUAGGAACUAUUCUUUCCAUGCAAAUUUCAUUCGUAGGCUUUCAACCGGUUCAAUCCAGUGAACACAUGGCGGCUUUUGGUGUCUUUGGGUUAUGCCAAAUUUAUGCUUUUGUUGAAUACUUGCGUUUUCGCUUGUCCAAAGAUUACUUUCAAAUCCUGUUUAAAAACUUGGCAAUUCUUGUUCUAGUCAUAGUCGGAGCUGUUGCCAUAAUUUUGGGGAUAACAGGCAAAAUUGCGCCUUGGACUGGAAGAUUCUAUUCACUACUUGAUCCUUCUUACGCUAAGAACAACAUCCCUAUUAUCGCAUCUGUAUCUGAACAUCAACCGACUACUUGGAGUUCAUUCUACUUCGACUUGCAAAUGCACGUAUUCAUGUUUCCAGCUGGAUUGUACUUCUGCUUCAAGCAUUUAACCGAUGCCAACAUUUUUAUCAUAAUCUACGGGGUCACAAGUAUUUACUUUGCUGGGGUUAUGGUUCGUUUGAUGUUAGUGUUAGCGCCUGUUUGUUGCAUUCUAUCUGGUAUUGGAGUUUCGUCCAUUUUAUCGGCUUUUAUGAAGAACCUAGAAACAACACGCAAGGAUAAAAGAAAUAAACGUCAGGAUACUUAUCCUGUCAAAACGGAGGUUGCAGUUUCUGUCAUCGGCAUGAUGACCCUUUUCCUGAUUACAUAUACCUUUCAUUGCACCUGGGUUACAUCUGAGGCUUACUCGUCGCCAUCUAUUGUUCUCGCUGCAAAGCAGUACGACGGCUCGAAAAUUAUAUUUGAUGACUUUAGAGAAGCUUACUACUGGCUACGUGAAAAUACUCCAGAAGAUGCAAAGGUUAUGUCUUGGUGGGAUUACGGGUAUCAGAUAACUGCCAUGGCAAAUAGAACUAUUUUAGUUGAUAAUAACACUUGGAAUAAUACUCAUAUUUCGCGUGUGGGGCAGGCUAUGUCCUCUUCUGAAGACAAGGCAUAUGAAAUUAUGAGAGAGUUAGAUGUUGAUUAUGUCUUGGUCUGGUUUGGCGGACUGACUGGAUACGCAUCGGAUGAUAUCAAUAAAUUUCUGUGGAUGGUACGAAUCGGUGGUAGUACGGAAAAAGGAAAACAUAUCAAAGAAGAAGACUACUACACAAAAACCGGUGAAUUCCGUGUCGAUAAGGAAGGAUCUCCGAUAUUACUAAAUUGUCUUAUGUACAAGAUGUGCUACUAUCGCUUUGGUGAAAUGUAUACUGAACAAGGCAAACCGUCCGGUUAUGACCGAGUCAGAAACGUUGAAAUUGGCAAUAAGGACUUUCAAUUGGACGUUCUUGAAGAAGCUUAUACCACGGAGCACUGGCUAGUCAGAAUUUAUAAAGUCAAAAAAUUAGAUAACAGAGGUUUAUAAUGACUUUCUCACUAAAAUUUGUGUGAUUGUUAUACAGUAUUUGACGCAAAUCAAUAAAGUUUUCAUAUUUCUUCCAA